UUGAUAGGCUUGACUAUAUGAAAUGUUCUCAUUAAGUUUCCUAUAGUUUCUUAGUGAUUGCUGCACACUGGACUGUGACAGACAUUAUUGUUGAAUGCUUUAAUUGUUGCUCUUAGUCUCACAAAUGUGGUUUCUCAAUAAAGGCGGUGGAGAUUUUUAUUCAACCUAUCUGAUCGGGAUCUAUAUAAAAAAGUAUUUUACUUUUAACUACAGUUGACAUUACUGUUGCUUCAUUAGUGUGACGAAGAGAUGACUUUACAUUGUUACUUUACAUUGUUACUUUACAUUAAUGGAAGUUAAUGUGGCUAUUUGUUUUUUUUUACUAAUUUGUGCCUCAAUGGGAGAUAAUUCAUUAGGCAUAUUUGUUCUCUGGUGUAAAUAUUAAACAAACAUAUACGCUCUAUGUCAAUAAGUACAAUCUACAAAAUAAUUCAUAUUUCAAAGAUUAGUAAAAAUACGAAUGUGCCAUGGCGCGUUUCUUGAGCUUUUUCGCCAAAAAUAAAAUCUUGGAAGACAAACUGAACAAAAGGGAAGACAAAUUGAGACAAGACCAUAAAUACGUUAUGUUCCGUCAUUCUGAGGUCACAUCACGACUAGUCAAGGACCUGGUCCACAUUCACAUAAAAACUCCCGGCUUGCCAAUUUCAGAUUCAGCUUCCGAAAACCAAGUAAGAUCUCAAUCUACAGAAUUACCCUCAGUGCAAACGUUUCAGACUGCACGACGAAGUCAAACUAUUGGAAUGAAGCCGUUGAAUUACUUCCCUUACAGAGAUGUAACACAUGUGUCAAAUUUGUGUGAUGGCAAGUUAAGAGAUCACGUGACACCCCUCGUAGCAAUACGUGACAACAAAGUGUUUUAUAAAUACAAAUGUCUGCAGUGGAAAAAACUAAGCCCAAACAAAAAGACGCACAUUUUAUUACAUAAAAACAAUUCAGUGGAGCGCAUUCUCCACCGUGUCCACAAAAUGGACUCAUCUGGUCUCAAUAGAGAACAACAAGAAUCUGCAAGUAGGAAUCAAGACACAGCCUUGCUCGGCAAAGAAAAUCGCGUUAACGAACACAGACGCUGCUUUAGCAUAACCGAUGACAAAGAGUUUGAUGCAGAAGUUGUCCGUUUACCCGCCAUAGAAGGCAACGCCAUCAGGAGCUUCUGUUUAUGGCGGAGAGAAAGUCAACCUCCCGAGUGGAUCUACAGAAAGUCGAAUGGCCCAGACAGAUUCUACACCCCAGGGCGGUCAAUGACAACUAUGAACUGAAGUCACAAUGGAAGUGUUGUAAAGAGAAGAAAACAAAGUACUAUGUAGUUAGCCUACGUUUGCUAUAGUGUAGUAUGCCUAACAUUGUUCUGGUUAGCCUACGUUUGCUAUAGUGUAGUAUGCCUAACAUUGUUCUGGUUAGCCUACGUUUGCUAUAGUGUAGUAUGCCUAACAUUGUUCUGGUUAGCCUACUUUUGCUAUAGUGUAGUAUGCCUAACAUUGUUCUGGUUAGCCUACGUUUGCUAUGGUGUAGUAUAGUGUAGUGUAACAUUGUUCAUCUAACUUGCAAGUAUUCUGGAAAUUAAAAGCACUAAGUCUAGAAUACCUCUUGGCAUAGUGCAGCGAGAGCUAGCUUCUGGCAUCCAAGUUAAAAGAAAAUAGCAGAUAGCAAGUUCCAUUAUAAGCUUUUACAUAAUUUUUCAUCUUGUCAUCUUUGUGUACAUAGAAAAUAAAAUUGACUUUAAUCUUUUAGUGUGAACAAAAUGAGUUGUGUGCUCAUCUUCAGUAGCCUACACAUUUUAAAUGACAUACAAAGACACAGGUCAACUUGCAAUAAUCUUGGUAUGUCUUCUUCUUUUGUCCUUAAGCAAAUUAUCUGAUGAACAAUUCAUAAGUUCACUGGACACAACUCCACUUAUCCGAAUUGAGAUUAAAAUGGAAAUUGUACCUUUUAAUUUUGUUAUAGCAACAAGUGUAUAAAGAAACACGCAUUGUAAAAUUAAUUCAUACUAAUUAAAUUAAAAUAAUUAGUGCAGUAAUUGUUCACGUUUUUUCCUCCAUUUCCCAUUCUCAGAUCGAGUUGAAACUUUGCACUAUUACUCAUUGUUCCUAACAAAUUAUGAAUCAAUCAACAAAUUAACCAAUUAAUUAGUGCUAAUUAAUCAAUUUAGUUUUAAAUUAAGGGAAAUAAAUCCUACAGUAUUGAUUUAUAUAUGUGCUAAAAAUACUCAGUUCUUCCCCUUAUUUAAGCUUAGUAUUUUUUUUAUUCUGCUAGUUUAUGUUUUUCUAUUAUUAUUAUAGCUUUUAUAUAGCGCUACUUUAAUGCUUAUAGAGAGCACUUUGGUCCAAUCUCAUUUGUGGA